GGUGUGUAAAUUCGUAAAAAAGGCGCUCCACUCGAGUCGACCAAUAAUUUCCGUCACCACUACGAAAUCGGAGACUGAGAGCUUCAUCGACGGCACGGCGGUCUCCGAUCACACUCCCGAUCUCCGAUUAUACAACUAGGUUCACGAUAAUUGUUGGAUUUUUUACGUUUCGUUUGCGUACACGUUCAGAUCUCAUGAUCCCUUAUCCGUUAUUUUCGUUAAAGCUCCUUAAACCUUGAUGCAACGGCCUAGUGCUCGUUCCAGGUUGAAAUUCAAAUCAGAUAUGAUAGAUCCUCCCGAGGUUGAGACUUCACCUGGUCACAACCACCGAUCAUCGCCGUCCACACUCGCUAAACCCAAGUCAAAACGAACCAAAUCGAUUAUUUUGUUAAUCGUUGCUUCUGUAGCUAUCGCGUUGGGGUUAUUGUUUGUUUGCUUUUCAAUCGUACGCUCUCGAAGGAAUCAGAGAGUUUCGCUGCUCAAGUACAGCGUCGUUAUCGAUGGCGGGAGUUCGGGGACCCGAGUUCAUGUGUUCGGGUACCGGGUUGAAUCCGGGAAACCGGUGUUUGAUUUCGGAGAGGAGAGUUACGCUAGUUUUAAGUUGAGUCCUGGUUUGUCUGCGUAUGGUGAUAAUCCGGAGGGAGUGAGUGAGUCAGUGACGGAGCUUGUGGAAUUUGCUAAAAGGAGAGUUCCUAAGAGAGUGUUGGAGGAGAGUGACAUUAGGUUGAUGGCUACUGCUGGAAUGAGAUUGCUUGAAUUGUCUGUUCAGGAAUGGAUUCUUGAAGUUACUAGAAGGGUUCUUAGAUCUUCUGGGUUUAGUUUUAGAGAGGAAUGGGCUUCUGUUAUCUCUGGAUCUGAUGAAGGUAUAUAUGCUUGGGUUGUUGCAAAUCAUGCGCUUGGUUUGCUUGGAGGUGAACCUUUAAAAACAACUGGAAUUGUUGAACUCGGUGGGGCUUCUGCUCAGGUAACAUUUGUGUCAAGUGAGCUUGUGCCUCUGGAGUUCUCGCGUACGUUAGCCUAUGGGAAUGUCUCAUACAAUCUCUACAGUCACAGCUUCCUCCACUUUGGGCAGGAUUCAGCACAAGAAAAGUUAUUGGAUUCACUACAAAACUCAUCUGCAAACUCUGCAGGGAAAGGAAGAGUUACUGACCCUUGUGUUCCUAGAGGAUACACCCUUGAAAAAAGUUCACAGAAAGAUUCAUCCGGAUUCUUAGCUGAAAAAAGGUUUACAGCUUCACUUCAAGCUGCUGGUAAUUUCUCAAAAUGUCGAUCCGCCACAUUGGCAAUGUUGCAGGAAGGAAAAGAGAAAUGCCCUUAUAAGCAUUGUUCUAUUGGAUCAAUAUUCACACCUAAUCUUCGAGGAAGUUUUUUGGCUACAGAGAAUUUCUUCCACACCUCGAAGUUCUUUGGGUUGGGAGAAAAGCAUUGGCUCUCUGAACUGAUAUUAGCCGGAAAGAGAUACUGUGGAGAGGAAUGGUCGAAACUGAAAGUGAAAUAUCCAACUUUUAAGGACGAGAAUUUGCUUCGGUAUUGUUUCUCAUCAGCAUAUAUUGUCUCAAUGCUUCACGACAGUCUUGGUAUUGCUCUCGAUGAUGAAAGAAUUGGGUUUGCUAGUAAAGCUGGACAAGACAUACCACUUGAUUGGGCAUUGGGUGCUUUUAUCCUAAAUACUGCCACAUCCACUUUUGAUUACAAUGGUAAAUCUAGAAAAAUUCUUGACUCGAGUAACUUAGCCAGAUACAAAAACGAUAUUAGUUAAUAUUGUUUUUACUAUAUAAAAAAAGACACUAUUUCACAUAAAACAAGUAAAUUAUUAUCAUUACGUUAACUCGUGUUUAAGCUAUACAUUCGUCA